AUGUUAUAUCAUUAUUCUUUUUAUCAGACUAUUUCUUUGAUCUCUCUCACUUCUUUAUCUACCUCAGUAUCUUAUAUCCCUAUUAUUAUUGAUCCAUUACCUUUAUCUCUCCCUCUUUUAUAUUUACCUCAGUAUGUUAUAUCAUUAUUCUUUUUAUCAGACUCUUUCUUUUAUCUCUCUCGCUUCUUUAUCUACCUCAUAUUCAUAUCCAUCAGACCAUUUCCUUUCUCGUUAUCUCUGUCUGCUUGUCUGUCUGUCUGUCUGUCUCUCUCUCUCUCUCUCUCUCUCUCUCUCCUCUCGACUUCCUUCUCUAUAUCUACUUCAAUAUUAUAUAUCUCCAUUAAUAUCAUUAACCCUCACUUGUUUUCUCCCCUGCCAAUUCUUUCAAUAUAUUUAUUGCUUACCUUUCUAACUUCUCCAGUUAACUUCUUCAUGUAUGUUUCUCUUCUUCUCUAUGUAUUUUUGCAUUUCCUUUUUCUUUUCGCUUCUGAUUAUUCGAAGGACCGCAACUUUCUCAUUUCCCUUCUAGCUUUUCUUAACAACGAAAUUGGCUCAACGAGGCUUGGUAGCUGUUGCAAAUUUUUCUGA